CACACUUCCCUGGUUGGCGUGGUGGAGGUGUUUGCCCCGGUGGGGCAUGUGUGAGCGUGUUUCUGCCCCCGGUGGGGGUAAUACCGGGCCUCCUGCCAGUCUAACUGCCCCAGGUUUACCCCCACAGGAUGAUGAGGAUGCUGGCGGGGUGUUUUUGGACCUGUCCGAGCUGCCGGUGGAGGAGAGCGAGCGGAGACCGACCUGCUCUCGCUGCUGCCGUCCAGAGAAGGUUUGCUUGUGUCCGUUUCUGCCUGUCGACCCACUGGAGGUGUCUACCUGCCUGUACAUCGUCCAGCACCCUGCAGAGGAGAGUCGGGUGCUCCGAACCGUUCCUCUUCUGGCAGCCUGCUUACCCAGAGGAAAAUGUAACGUUCUAGUUGGAAGAAGAUUUAAUGAAGAAAGGCACCCUGAGCUGGCUGCAGUGUGCAGAGACAAACACACACUCAUUCUCUAUCCUGGAUCUGAUGCUGAAAACCUGGAGGAGUUGGACAGAGACUUCACUACCUCUCCGCACAACGUCAUCAUUAUAGAUGGCACGUGGAGCCAAGCCAAGGACAUGUUCCUCAGAAACGCUCUCUUCCGUUUACCCAAACAGGUGCAGUUAAAUAGCGCCCCUUCCAGUCAGUAUGUGAUACGUACUCAACCCACCAACAUGUGCCUGUCCACUCUAGAAUGUGCUGCUGUUACUUUGUCCAUUAUGGAGAGAAACCAAGCCAUACAGGAGGUUCUGCUGAAGCCUCUGCGAGCACUGUGUUCUUUCCAGCUGCAGCAUGGCGCUCAGGUGCACCACAGCAAAGAACACCUGCUGAAGAACGGCCUGUACGAUAAGCCCAUGCCCAAAAACAAGCGCAAAAUCAAGAGGAUGCAGAAACUCAUCACCAACCAGAACAUCUGAGACAAACGAGAAGAUCCUCUUUAAUAGAAAUGUUCCACAGAUUUUUUUAAUUUUAAUAACUUUUUAUUGGAGUUUAGGGACUUAUCUAUUGCUGGACUUGCAUCUUUUUAGCUACAUGAUGUUUCAUUUGUCCACCUGUCAUUAAUGUUUUUUUUCCGUUUUUUUCCGUUUGUUUCCGUUUUCCGAAAACAAAAGCCAUCAGGGAUGGAAAAGUAAGAGCUAAUUGCUGUUAAUCAGAAGUGUGAGAACAGCAACCACAGCUCAACAAGAAACUUCUGCAUGAACGUCACCUGGAAGGUUGGAAAGCACAUUGUCUAAACCUCAUGCUGUAAGAUUAAGGCUUCUUUGCCUUUUUCUGAAUUUAUUAGGUGCUGAUUAGAUAAUGGGGUUAAUAGGCCGUUGUUUUAAAAAUAGAACAUGCACAUUUGCAGUUUCCCCUCUGGUUUCACUGUGGGAUCUUUAGGAUGACGAGAAGGAAAACUCAGAUUGUGUGUUAGUUUUGUGGUUUUUCCACUGUAAUAUAUGAGGCUUAAAGGUUUUUUAAGGCAUUUGUAUCAUUUGAGUCUGACAGUAAAACGGUUUGCUGUUUAAUAUUUGUUCAUAAGCUACUUUGACACCAGUAAAAAUGGACUGUUUCACAA